AUGGACGGCGGCGGGCCCUUCGGCUGCCCCAUCUGCCUGGAGCCGCUGCGGGAGCCGGUGACGCUGCCCUGCGGCCACAACUUCUGCCUGGGCUGCCUGGGCGCGCUCUGGCCGCAGCGCGGCGCGGGCGGCGCGGGCGGCCCCGGGGGCGCGGCGCGCUGCCCGCUGUGCCAGGAGCCCUUCCCCGACGGCCUGCGGCUCCGCAAGAACCACACGCUGUCCGAGCUGCUGCAGCUGCGCCAGGGCGCGGGCCCCGGGCCCGGCCCGGCCUCCGCCCCGGCGCCCGAGCCCGCGCCCGCGGCCCCCAGCGCGCCGCCCGGCGGCCCCGAGCCGUCCGCCCCCUGCGCGCCCGAGCCCUGGGCGGCGGGCGCCGAGCCCGUGCGCUGCGACGCGUGCCCCGAGGGCGCCGCCCUGCCGGCCGCGCGCUCCUGCCUCGCCUGCCUCGCCUCCUUCUGCCCCGCGCACCUGGGCCCGCACGAGCGCAGCCCCGCGCUGCGCGGACACCGCCUGGUGCCGCCGCUGCGCCGGCUGGAGGCCAGCCUGUGCCCGCGCCACCUGCGGCCGCUGGAGCGCUUCUGCCGCGCCGAGCGCCGCUGCCUGUGCGAGGCCUGCGCCCAGGAGCACCGCGGCCACGAGCUGGUGCCGCUGGAGCAGGAGCGCGCGCUGCAGGAGGCCGAGCAGCCCAAGGUGCUGAGCGCCGUGGAGGACCGCAUGGAUGAGCUGGACGCCGGCAUCGCCCAGUCCCGGCGGACCGUGGCCCUCAUCAAGAGCGCAGCCGCGGCCGAGCAGGAGAGGGUGAGCCAGCUGUUCGCCGAGGCGGUGGCCAGCCUGCGGGAGUUCCAGAAGGAGGUGCUGGGCUUCAUCGAGGAGGGGGAGGCCGCCAUGCUGAGCCGCUGCCAGGGCGACCUCCGGCGGCAGGAGGAGCAGCGCAGCCGGCUGAGCCGGGCCCGCCACAGCCUGGGCCAGGUGCCCGAGGCCGACGCCGUGAGCUUCCUGCAGGAGCUGCUGGCACUCCGGCUGGCGCUGGAGGAGGGGAGCGGCCCCGCGCCCGGCCCCCUCGGGGAGCUGGGCUUCACCAAGUCCUCGCAGGCCGUGCAGGCGGUGCGCGAGGCGCUGGCCGCGGCCUGCACCAGCCAGCGGGGGCAGCUGCGGGGGCUGAGCGGUGACGAGGACGCGCCGCACAAGCUGCGCCCAGAAGCCAAUGAUGAGUCCCAGGACCCAAACAGCAGCGGCCACCCGGACAGCGAGGCGCCCAGGGACUACUUUCUCAAGUUCGCCUACAUCGUGGACCUGGACAGCGACACGGCGGACAGGUUCCUGCAGCUGUUCGGGACGAAAGGCGUGAAGCGGGUGCUGUGUCCCAUCAGCUACCCCGAGUCGCCCGCCCGCUUCACGCACUGCGAGCAGGUGCUGGGCGAGGGCGCCCUGGACCGGGGCACCUACUACUGGGAGGUGGAGAUCAUCGAGGGCUGGGUCAGCGUGGGGGUCAUGGCCGAGGGCUUCUCCCCGCAAGAGCCCUACGACCGGGGCCGGCUCGGCCGCAACGCCCACUCCUGCUGCCUGCAGUGGAACGGGCGCGGCUUCUCCAUCUGGUUCUGCGGGCUGGAGGCGCCCCUGCCCCACGCCUUCUCGCCCACCGUCGGGGUCUGCCUGGAGUAUGCCGACCGGGCCCUGGCCUUCUACGCCGUGCGGGACGGCAAGAGCGUGGACGCCCACCUGCAGAUAGGGCCCCUCAAGAAGUCCUGCAUCUCGGUGCUGAAGAGGAGGUGA